GCGUUCAAAAAGAUCUCGGGUUACAUUGAAUACGCCAAGGGUUGCAGCGACCUCAAGCUGAUCGCAGGUGGCGGUUGUGACGACUCCGUUGGCUAUUACGUUCAGCCUACUCUCUUCAAAACGAACGACCCUCAAAACAAGAUGAUGACGGACGAUAUUUUUGGACCGGUUCUGACUGCCUACGUGUACGAUGACAAUAAAUUGGAUGAGACAAUCGACCUCGUGGACAAGACCAGUGUCUACGGUCUGACAGAAAAACCACCUUUUCCCACUAUCUCUACUCUUUUUGUUCAUGGCUCUUACCUCGAAGUCCUUGACGUGGAUACCACUACUAACAGCAGCUUAAUUCUUUGCCUAAAGCAGACGCACUAA